GAACUCGAAGCGACCGACGACUCGCUACCGGCGUAGUCUAAAGUGGGAACUUUCGGCAAGUAGGUGUUCAAAGCCGAGGUGGUCGAUCAGUCAGUCUGCAGUCGUCGGUCAGUAGGAGUGAAAUUUUGUUGUCCGUGGGUUCAAAAAUAACCGCGCACUAUCCAGUUGGUGAAACUUACCGCGGAAUUAGCCCGUGCCCGAUUUUCUGGUAAAAGGCUAAGGUCGGUUCUGCCGGGUUUUCGCACGUUUGGUAACCGAGAGAAAAGAGAAAGAAAUAAUACAAAUAAAACGUAGGCACAAACAGUUUUAAAAAGUUGGACUUGACUCGACGCCAAGUCGGUGUGAAAAACUUUGAAGAACGGCGUAAGCGCCGGGGAGUUUCGACCUCAACCCUGAACUUGCAGCGGUGGAGAAGAAUUGGAAGAAAAAUAUUCGGAUCGGUUCGCCUUUCGAAUUUUUCUUAAAAAUAAAACGGCAUGGCGGACAAUCGGAAUGUUCACAACGGGUCUCCUUAUCAUCGAACAACGUUCGGAUCGCUGGAAACACCAGACAGUCAGAGCUUGCUCGAAGAAUCCCAAUCACGGAUCAAGCAGUUGCUGAAGGAUGAGGCAUCAUGGUCGCAAACUCUGGUCGCGGGGCUGGCUGAGUUCUUGGGAACGGCAAUCCUCAUUUUCGUUGGUUGCAUGGGCUGCGUUGGUUCCUUGACGGAUAUUCCUAACGCCCUUCAAACUGCCCUGACAUUUGGAUUUGCUGUCACGUGUGUCAUCCAGAUCAUCGGACACAUCAGCGUCGCCCACAUUAAUCCUGCGGUGACGGUGAGCGCAGUCAUACUGGGCCACAAAUCUCUUCCCGCAGCUGCGGUCUACAUACUAGCACAAUUAUCGGGUGCUGUAGUCGGAUACGGAAUGCUGAAGGCUAUAACCCCUACUGAACUUCUGCACAACGGUGAUGAUACAAGUGCAAGUUCGUUUUGCGUGACCUUGAUCCACUCGAAAAUAUCGGUGAUCCAGGGCCUUAUAGUGGAGACAGUGACCACCGGAGUCUUGAUCCUUCUCUGCUGCGCCUCUUGGGAUCCCCGCAACGCGAGGAACAGCGACUCCACUCCAAUCAAGUUUGGAUUGACUGUCACCACGUUGUCGCUGUCGGGUGGACCUUACACCGGGUGCAGCAUGAACCCAGCACGAACGUUCGGUCCUGCUCUUUGGAACAACGCGUGGAGCUCUCACUGGGUAUACUGGCUGGGACCAAUGGCUGGGUCCAUUUUGGCCACCCUGGCCUACAAGACUCUGUUCUGGCCACGGAAACCAGCCGAUAAAGACAUACCAGAGGCUGCAGCGCUUAACUCCGUUGCAACUGAAAAACAGGAGGUUAACUGAACCCAGACGGCCGUACAGUUUCUGACGGAUCGCGAUACGAAGAUUAGACCCUUCGUAUUGAUUGUACUCGUCUGGUAAUCUUACGAAACGUCGCUGUUCUGCAUUCAUAUUAAGAGUUUUCGAAUGCGGGAAUGCAAGAAGAAAGAUGGUGAAGGAGGAAGAUAAAGAGGAGGACAAGGUUAUCGGAGUAUAUGCUGGUGACUUCGAAGCGUUGAAAUCAAUACCAAUGCUAUCAGUGUGAUACGUAUGCCGUAAGCAUUCGUGGAUCAGACUAAUUACAAAUACGGAACGUAUGUACAUAUUUUUGACAAAAAUGAAAAUAUCGCUUGUUCGUAUAAUGUACAAUUCAGAACGAUGAAAAUUCGCUUUAUGAUUGUUCUGCAAAUCAACCGUGUCGUUCACAAAUAGCUCGACAAUCGGUCGAUGAUAUAUUAAAUUGAUAAUGCGAAUGCUCUGUAUCUAUAAAUUGUAAAGUGUAAAUUGGAUUCGAAAUUAAAAUUCAUUGCUUUAUGUUGAUGAAGUGAGACGAGGAAAAAGUCGACGGCAAUAAUUAGUUGUAUUUAAUGUAUAAAUUAACCACAAGUAUCAAGCUUACUAUUAUGCUGGAUCAACGUGUCUUUUGUCUGUAACUGCGUUAUUAGUUUUCUCUUACAAUUAGUCUUUUUUUUCUAAUCAUUCUGUAAAUAAAGUAACCAAAGCUGUACAUAUCUAAAUUUACACGUAUCAGAUACAUAUAUAUUUUAUUUAAAACAAAUGUACUGACAUAUAUUAGUACAGCUGGGUGUUAAACAAGGUAACCAGUAUCGUGUGAAUCGUGUCGCUCCAAUGCUUCUCAAUUGUAAAUUGUUUUCAAAAGUUGAUUCGAGAAAUCAAUGGUUAUUGGUUGUAAAAGUGAAAGGGAUUACGUAAUAUCUUUCUUUUUUUUCCAUCAUCCCAGUAAUCGUAUGUAGACCAAGCACAUACGUGCCCCACUGUAUGUAAUUUUAUUAUUGACAAACUAAAAGUUCAAACCACUAUACGUACUUCAUGUAUCGCUAUACCUAUGUUAUUAAUAUUAUUAUACCAUUAUCACGUCCAGGUACUAUUAAUUACUGUAAUGUUAUUAUUACUUACUGGUGCAACAGUGAUUAGAAUUGCAUAGCGUAGAAAGAUAUUAUAACUGUUAUGAUAAUUACUAUCAAUAAUACUGUUGGUGUUGGUGUUAUUAUUAUACCAUUGUCAAUAUUAAAUACCAAUGCUACAACUAUCGUUAAGACAACGAUUAUUAUUAUAAUUUUGAACAUUUGUUUAGAAUUGAAAAAAAAAUUUAGGGGUAUUGGAUGAACGUUCUGGUACUAGAUAUUCUCGACGACGGUGCAUGAAUUUCAUAAUGUGAUGACUGUAUAGGUGAUUAUUAUUAUAAUAAAUCGACAUUAGUGAUACUAUUAAUAUGAUUAGUAUGUACUGCAACAAACGGUGUCUUAUUCCCGAAAGUGUGAAACGAAAGGUACGAUUUUGAAAUAUGUCGUGAUAAGUAGAAGUGUUUGACAAUGAGAGCAGGAGUUGACUGACGAUGGCAUUCGAUAAUCGGUGGGUGAAAUUUCUCACCCGCUGUUUGGUCCUAGUUCCUGACAGUCAAUUCACUCGCUCAGCACUUGCGUUUCAUUCGAAUCAUACCCAGUUAUGCAAUUCGAAGUUCUUCUACAAGAUAUCGAGACACUUACAUUAUAUUAUAUAUAUUUAACCUAAGCCUAUGCUCAUUGGGAAAUUUUAUACUUUAAUGUAGAAUUGGCAUAAGUAUAAUAUUGCACGGUUAACAGAUAACCCGAGACGAAAUUUUAGACCUCAUUAGGACCUCAAGAAUAUUUACGGAAAAUUCCGAGUAAAAAAUAUUUCAAUUGAACCUUAAAAUUGUGCUAAUCGUAAGGCCUGGUGCCCAUGUCAGGGGCUUUAGUGAGAUCCAAAUUGGUUCUUAUUCAAUCCUCGUAAGUCGCAGUUGCAAUAUUCCUGGUUUAGAUCUCUAAAACUAAUGCUUGAGUUUUAUUUUCUUGAGUUCCGCAGAUUCGAGGUUCUAUUGAAGUGUCAUAGUGAGCUGUGUGGAUCUGAAAAACGUUAAUGAGAUACAAAUUCGAGUCAAAUCCGAGUUGUGAAGCAAUAGAGUGUUAAGAGGCUUAACAGGGUUAUAAAAUUUCGACUCGGGAACCUAGAAUGGUUCUAGAACGAGAUACGUGAUUUUAAUAUUAAGAUUUUGUCAAGGUUAGGAAACAAAUAAAAAACAAUGUCCGACUAUGUGAUACGAAAAUAUAAUUUAAACAAUAAUUCAUGCA